AUGUCAUCACCAGGAGCUGGUCACGAAUUCCCUCCUCAGGCGGUUUCCUGGCAAAAGCGCGAUGUCCUACUGUUCGCCAACAGCAUCGGCUGCAAAGCUGACGAGCUACAUUUUCUUUACGAGCUUCAUCCUAACUUUGCUGUUUUUCCAACUUAUCCCCUGAUUCUGCCUUUCAAACUCACCGACCAAGAAGUCACCGAUUUCUAUUCCCGCCAAAAAUCUAACCCUAUCCCUGGUGUUCCAGCCUUCGAUUCUCGCCGCGUGGUUGAUGGACAGCGGAAACUGACCGUUUUGAAGCCCCUCCCAACGGCCAGCACGGGUAGGAAAUUUGAAUUACGGAACAAGGUCGUUGGGGUUUAUGAUAAAGGCAAGGCUGGAAGUGUGGUCGAAUCUGAGCAGUCGAUUGUGGAUAAGGAGACUGGAGAAGUAUACUCGAAGACUGUGAGCACCGCAUUCUUCGUUGGCCAGGGUAACUGGGGUGGUCCAAAAGGGCCCAGCAGUGCUAGUUAUCCGCCCCCCCGGGGAAAGAAUCCGGACGCAGUCUAUGUUGUUCAAACAACACCAGAAACAGCCCACCUCUAUCGUCUCAAUGGCGACUACAACCCUCUCCAUGCCACUCCGGAGCCAGGGCAAAAGAUGGGGUUCGGAGGAGCUAUAAUCCACGGCUUGUUCAGCUGGAAUUCUGCCGCCCACGGUGUGUUAAGAGAGCUUGGAGGCAGCAAUCCUGAUAAUCUCAGGGAGUUCCAAGCGCGUUUUGCUUCCCCCGUAAAACCAGGGGACAGGCUUACAACGGAGAUCUGGCGAACAGGAGCUGUCGAGGAUGGCUUUGAGGAGGUCCGGUUCGUCGCGAAGAAUGACAACGGCAAGGUUGUGUUGAGCAAUGGCCGGGCCUUGGUGAGAAUUGCUGCGCCCAAGAGCAAGCUGUGA